UAUAUUACUGUGUGCCUUCGUCAAGAUUCCCUUGGACCCUCCACUUCAAUUAAUUUCCGUUUAUCUGAUAUCUAAAGUUUCUGGGUUUCUCCUCCUCGAUUCUCAGACACAAACUAUUCUCUGAAAUUUGUUUUUUUUUUUUUCCUUUCUCAAAUUCAAACCUCUGAGUUUUGGUGGGUCUUCUUCAAACUUGUCUUUCCAAAAAAGGACGCCUGAAUUUAAUAAUCUUCAGACAGCAUUGUCCGCUUCGGCUCCUUUUUAAAACAAAACAGACUCAUUUUCUGCCAGUUCAAUAAAUCUCAGACCUUUGACCAUGGACGGUGCCGGAGAAUCACGACUCGGCGGCGGUGACGGUCAUGGUUCGGUCGGAGUACAGAUCCGACAAACCCGGAGACUCCCCGAUUUUCUCCAGAGCGUGAAUCUCAAGUACGUGAAGCUAGGCUACCACUACGUAAUCUCAAACCUCUUGACCCUCUGUCUACUCCCCCUCGCCGUCGUUAUCUCCGUCCAAGCCUCCCAGACCAACCCCGACGAUCUCCGUCACCUCUGGAUCCACCUCCAGUACAAUCUCGUCAGCAUCAUCACCUGCUCCGCGAUCCUCGUCUUCGGUUUAACCGUCUACGUCAUGACCCGACCCAGACCCGUCUACCUAGUCGACUUCUCCUGCUACCUCCCUCCCGAUCACCUCAAAGCUCCCUUCUCCCGCUUCAUGGACCACUCUCGCCUCACCGGAGACUUCGAGGACUCUGCGCUCGAGUUCCAGCGCAAGAUCCUCGAGCGCUCUGGUUUGGGAGAAGACACUUACGUCCCCGAGGGGAUGCAUCACGUCCCGCCGAGGAUCUCGAUGGCCGCCGCUAGAGAAGAAGCUGAGCAAGUCAUGUUCGGUGCGUUGGAUAGCCUCUUCGCGAACGCGAAUGUGAAUCCGAAGGAGAUUGGGAUCUUGGUUGUGAACUGUAGUCUCUUUAACCCGACGCCUUCGUUGUCUGCGAUGAUCGUGAACAAGUAUAAGCUUAGAGGGAACAUUAGAAGUUAUAAUCUCGGCGGGAUGGGUUGCAGCGCGGGGGUUAUCGCGGUUGAUUUGGCGAAAGAUAUGUUGUUGGUGCAUAGGAAGACUUACGCGGUUGUUGUGUCCACGGAGAACAUAACUCAGAACUGGUACUUCGGUAAUAAUAAAGCGAUGUUGAUACCGAACUGCUUGUUUCGUGUCGGUGGCUCUGCGGUUUUGCUGUCUAACAAGUCUAGCGACAAGAGGAGGUCUAAGUACAGGCUUUCGCAUGUGGUCAGGACGCACCGCGGAGCGGACGAUAAGGCUUUCCGCUGCGUGUAUCAAGAACAGGACGAUACGGGAAGAACGGGUGUUUCUUUGUCGAAAGAUCUGAUGGCGAUAGCGGGGGAGACUCUCAAGACCAAUAUCACCACGUUGGGGCCUCUUGUGUUGCCGAUAAGCGAGCAGAUUCUUUUUUUUACAACUCUGGUUGUGAAGAAGCUUUUCAACGGUAAGGUGAAACCGUAUAUUCCGGAUUUCAAGCUUGCGUUCGAGCAUUUCUGUAUCCAUGCUGGUGGAAGAGCUGUGAUCGAUGAGUUGGAGAAGAAUCUGCAGCUUUCGCCGGUUCAUGUCGAGGCUUCGAGGAUGACUCUUCAUAGGUUUGGGAACACGUCUUCGAGUUCGAUUUGGUAUGAGUUGGCUUACACUGAGGCCAAAGGAAGGAUGAGGAGAGGUAAUCGUGUGUGGCAGAUUGCGUUUGGGAGUGGUUUUAAAUGUAACAGUGCCGUUUGGGAAGCUUUGAGGAAUGUGAAACCUUCUAAGAACAGUCCAUGGGAAGAUUGUAUUGACAAGUAUCCAGUAACUUUAAGUUAUUAGGCUUCGUUUUGAGGAACUUUGAGAGACUCUUAUGUUCAAAUGGUUGUUUCUUUAACAAACAAAAAAAGACUUUAGAUUUGAUCUUUGACAAUGUCAAUGUUCUGUUGUUUUUAUUAUGUUUUCGGAGGUUUUGUGGUGUCUUA